CUAAUAUACAACAUAAUAAAAAGCUUACGUUCAUACGCGACACAACACAAACAAACACAGACGCCUCCAUUCUUCUCAUGUUCGUCGGCUCCUCAAGCAAUUUCUCCCCUGCUCGCCGCCGAUUGCCAACCCCGCCACUGUGAAGCCACCGGCCGGAGACCUUCGCACCCAACAGCUCACCGGAGACCUUCGCACCCCACAGAUAGAGCGGAGAUGUUUUUCCACAUUAUUCUGGAGCGAAACAUGCAGCUCCACCCUCGCCACUUUGGUCGCGACCUUCGGGAAAAACUCGUUUCAAAGCUCAUGAAAGACGUAGAGGGCACUUGCAGUGGGAGGCAUGGUUUCGUUGUGGCCAUAACUGGUAUAGAGAAUGUAGGAAAAGGGCUUAUUCGAGAUGGCACAGGUUUUGUUACUUUUCCUGUAAAGUAUCAAUGUGUUGUGUUUCGACCUUUCAAAGGGGAGAUCUUGGAAGCUGUUGUCACCAUGGUUAACAAGAUGGGUUUCUUUGCUGAAGCUGGUCCUGUUCAAAUAUUUGUGUCAAACCAUUUGAUACCUGAUGACAUGGAGUUUCAGUCUGGAGAUAUGCCUAAUUACACAACUUCAGAUGGAUCUGUGAAAAUUCAAAAGGAUAGUGAGGUCCGAUUAAAGAUCAUUGGGACCCGAGUUGAUGCCACAGAAAUUUUCUGCAUUGGAACAAUUAAAGAUGAUUUCCUGGGUGUGAUUAGCGACCCGGGUACAACUUCUUAAUGCAUGGGAAUGGGAAUGGGAAUUCUCAAGUCUUUUUGUAGGCCUUUUGACACUUAGCAUUGUACUAUCUUUAUUUGUCAAAUAUAAACAUGUAAAUUGUUGAGAAAAAGGUCUACUUUUCGUAUUUUGGAUUAUUGCUUGAAGCUCAGUGGUAACAACAAAUUUUAUGUCUAUUUAUGAUUAUAUGGUUAUAAGAUUUUUGUUACAGUUGCA